UAUCAGACCAGGCAAUCGACUCGUUCUUUUCUAAAUUCAAUAUAUUGUUGAGUAUUCAUCGCAACAUGUCUUCUUCUGGAAAGCUACUUGGUCUCCUCUCUCUUCUCUUUGUAUUCUGUGUAAUGACUGAGGCAACUCCAGGAGCUUUUGCGGAUAACAGAGUUAAUGUUCCUCAGAAGCAAACCUUCAUCAACGUCCCAAUGAAUCAGGAAAUGGAUGUCGAAGGUUCAGAUGAUGAUGUGGACAGUACCAGUUCAGAAUCAUCCACUUCAUCCGAAGUCGACACGGACACUGAUACGGACACCGACACCAACGAUGCCGAUGCAGCAACCGGAUUGAACGCAGUCGGGAGCGGGGACCAAGUUGGCGGGAAUCUUCUUCCCAUCUUGUCUGGAAACGGAAAGCACUUGCCCAAUACUGGAGUCCGUGGCCAGAAUCAAAUAUUCGGCAGGGAAUCUGGGAGUUCUGGACAGAGUGUUGGGAUUGCUUUCGCUGUUUUAGGGCUGGUAGCUCUGGUAGUAGUAGGAGCUGUCUUUGCUAUUAGGAGUCAAAGACGUUCUUAUGUUAUAUCUGAAGAACCGCAGAUGACGGAAUUGUAGUUUUUGUGUAUAUGGAGGGGGAAAUGUAGUCUGACGGUUGUUGGGAAGCAACGAAAGCAGGGGUGACACAUUGGGGGUUGACAUUUUAUGCAUAGCCAUCGUGUGCUCUUCAAACGGUGUGAAGGGAUAACA